AUGAAGGUCAUCUCGGAUGCCGAUGUGCGCACGAUCCUACCCCGACUCUCCCUAUCGGCGCUGCUCUACUCGCAAGCAGUAGCGCUAUCCGAUGUGCCCUUAAAGAAGCGCAAGGCCUCGCCAACCACCGCCUCGCCCGAUCCUAUCGCCCAAUGUCCUCCGCGACUCUCACUCACAACGCCGCACCACACGCAACUCUUCAUGCCCGCCCGCACAGCCUCGCCCGGUAGCGUCGUUAAGAUCGUCUCUGUCCCCCUGCCCACUUCUUCCAUGUCCGGCAUUCCGGGUGUCAACCUGCUCUUUGACGAUGCAACCGGGAAAGUGAGUCACGUGGUGAAUUCGACCUGUCUCACAGCGCUUCGUACUGCGACGGGGAGCCUGUUGUCGUCGCUACUGGCGCUCGGGGAGCCGGAGGCGAUGGAGGGCGUCAAGCACGCGGUUGUCUUCGGAGACGGUCUGCAAGCUGUCUACCAUGCAUGGUUGCAUCUGCGGUAUUUUCACUGGAUCGAGACGAUCACUGUUAUUGUUGGAUCCCAUCGAGAUUUGACGGACGACGAGGUGAAGGGGAAGGUAGAGCGACUCGAGUCUCAGCUGAGGGACCUGUGCACGGCGUCCGCCACUUCGCUUCGAACGGUCAACGUGGGCUGCAUCAACGCGUCGGAUCGCACCUUGGUCAAAGAGGCACUGGGCGCAGCGGCAUUGGUCUUCACCUGCACCCCCAGCACCGAACCCUUGUUCACGAUCAAGGAGCUGGGCCUACGUCGAGGGGAGCGAAAACACAUCUGCGCAGUCGGCUCGUACAAGCCACACAUGUGCGAGCUGCCACCGGAACUGAUCCAGAAGGCGGCCAAGGCGGGACGGUUGACAGUGGACAGCCUCGACGCGUGCAAAGAGGAAGCUGGGUGUCUGAUCAAGCUCCACAGCCCAAAGGAGCAGAAGGACAUCCGGAAGGGGUGUAGAACGCUCGGUGAAGAUAUAUACCCGCCGCGACCCGCACAUCCAACCACCGACAACGACUUGAGAAACAGGGAUAGUUACGUACACCAGUUCCCCGGCUGGUCCAUGGUCCAUAAUUUGAGCAGGAAGGGCAAGGUUAGCGUGUUCAAGAGUGUCGGCGUCGGAUUGCAGGAUGUCGAGAUUACGAAAUUGAUUGUCGAGUUUGCCGAGGGAGUGGGCGUCGAGGUCCCGUUCUAG